AUGCAAACCAGCAGGGCUCCGGCCAUCAGCGUCAGCGCGGAGAGCUGCAUCCCGGCUGGGCUGCGCCUGGGUCCUGUGCCGGGCACCUUCAAACUGGGCAAGUACCUGUCAGACCGCAAGGAGCCAGGACCCAAAAAAAAGGUGCGGAUGGUCAGAGGGGAAUUAGUGGAUGAAGCCGGGAGCUCAGCUCUGGAGUGGAUAGGGUUAAUCCGAGCUGCCCGAAACUCCCAAGAGCAGACACUGGAGGCUGUUGCGGAUCUGCCAGGAGGACAGAUUUUCUACCGAGCGCUGCGAGAUGUCCAGCCGGGAGAGGAGCUUACCGUCUGGUACUCCAAUCCUCUGGCGCAAUGGUUUGACAUCCCCGUCACGGCCACGCCGACGCACGACGAGAAAGGGGAGGAGAGGUACAUCUGCUGGUACUGCUGGAGGACCUUCAAAUACCCCAACAGCCUCAAGGCCCACGUCCACUUCCACUGCGCUCUGAGCCACGGCCGGCCCUUCCUCCAUCACGACCACGGCCGGCCCGCUGCCACCGCCUUCGGCCUGCCCCCCAAGGAGCUGCCGGCCUCCUCACUGCGCGGCCACCCGCCGCCCGGCUGCGGCCCUCGGGAGGCCGUCAAGCGGGAGGCCGUCGUCGCCUCCCCGCCGCUCGCCAAGCCGGCGCUGCCCAAGCGGGCGGCGGGCAAGGAGGAGCAGGAGCGCGCCCUGGACAUGAGCGUGGGGGCCGCCCGUGGGCCGGGACCGCUGCUGGGGCCGGCGGGCGGCAACGGGCUGGCGCUGUGCCCCGGGGCGCGCUCCGCCUUCCGCCCCGCCGGGUCGCUGCGGGAAGAGGCGCGGGGCGCCGCCGCCCUCGGCUUCUCCAAACUGCUGGGGGGACUGAAGGCGGGACGCGCCGCCACCGAGGCGCCGCCUAAGUGCGGAGCGCUGCCGGGUGAGGCCGCCCCGCAGGCAGCGGCGGCGGGGCUGGCUUGCGGCGGCGGGCUGCGCGCCUUCCCGCUGCUGUCGCCGCUGGAAGAGGCCUCGGCCUUCCGGCAGGUGGAGCGGGGGCUGCCCGCGGCCGCGCUGCCUCCCGCCCGCUACCCGCCGCUGCCCGGCGGGGCCCUGGAGCGCUUCGCGCUGCCGCCCUUCGAAGGGCUGAAGGCGUACGCGGGGGAGUGCGGGCUGCCGGUGAUGCCGCUCACCGUCUACAACGGGGAGCUGCUCUACGGGGCCGCGCCCUACUACCCGCUGAAGCUGCACCUCGGCGGCCUCCUCAAGUACCCUGAGUCGGUGUCGUACUUCGCGGGGUCGGCGGCGGGUCUGCACGCCGCAGAGCUGGGCUCACUGGCCAGCAUAGACCGGGAGAUCGCCAUGCACACGCAGCAGCUCUCCGAACUGGCGGCCGAGAAAGGCCGAGGGAGGCUGGAGACGCUGCCGGCGGGGGCGGCCGGGGCGGCCGGAGGGAAACCCAAGACCGGGCACCUGUGCCUGUACUGCGGGAAGCUGUACUCCCGCAAGUACGGGCUGAAGAUCCACAUGCGGACUCACACUGGCUACAAGCCGCUUAAGUGCAAGGUCUGCCUGCGGCCCUUCGGGGACCCCAGCAAUCUCAACAAACACAUCCGCCUGCACGCCGAGGGCAACACGCCGUACCGCUGCGAGUACUGCGGCAAGGUGCUGGUGCGACGCCGUGAUCUGGAGCGGCACGUCAAAUCCCGGCACCCGGGGCAGAGCCUCGGCAAGGCGGCUGAGGACAAGAGUGACUCUGGCUAUGCGCAGCCCGAGCAGGAGCAAAAGACUGAUAACGAGAGCGAUGUGGACGUCUGCUUCACCGACGACCAGAGCGAUCCGGAGAGCGGCAGCCGGCACCGCGAGCAGUGA